AUGUGGUCAGUUAUUUUGCUUUCGCUGAUUGCAGCUGUCGCGGCCUUGCAGUCCCUUCCACCGGUUCAAUGGGCCAGUUUGGGUUCUGGACACGAUGGCUUCGACAUUGCGACAAUAGACCGAAAUAUCUACAUCACGAACAGCUUCGCGUCGGAUAGAGACGAAAAUGGCCUGACACUUAUUCCACCAUCGGCGAAUGAAUUUGCAAAUACCUUUCGCCAGGACUUGGAGGAAAUAACGGGCGAGUCAUGGAAUCUUCACCCGGUUGAGGAGCUACCCGAAGGCCAGACAGGCAUUUUCCUUGACAGACUCGAUUGCUCGCAAGGCGCGCUGACGUAUGAGAAUGGCGAUCCCACGGAAGAGGGCUACAAGCUUCAGGUACAGUCUGGACGCGUCUUGAUCCGUGGCUCAGGCGCUCGAGGAAUGUGGUGGGGAACACGAACGUUGCUGCAACAGUUGUUGAUAGCUCACACCCACCCAAUCCCAUCGGGUGAGGUGGUUGACGCGCCCUCGUAUCCAACGCGAGGAUUCUUACUAGACGCCGGAAGGAAAUGGUACUCACCAUCAUACCUCAAGGACCUCUGCACGUAUGCGUCGUUUUUCAAGCUGUCGGAAUUUCAAUACCAUACUAGCGACAACUACCCCUUGAGUCGUGGCCACAAUGAGACCUGGCAAGAUGUUUACGCGCAGUUCUCCUUGCGACCGGAGAGCCCUGAGCUGCAGGGUCUCGUGCAGAGACCCAAUGAGACCCUGUCGCGGGCAGAUUUUGAGGAUCUUCAGCAGCACUGUGCGCAACGAGGCGUGACUGUCGUCCCAGAAAUCGAAGCGCCUGGCCACAGUUUAUUCAUUACGAAAUGGAAGCCAGAAUUGGCCUUGGACAGCAAAGACCUGUUGAAUUUGUCCCAUCCGGAGACUAUUCCCCUGGUGAAGUCCAUCUGGACGGAGUUUCUGCCAUGGUUCCAAUCAAAGGAGGUCCAUAUCGGUGCUGAUGAGUACGAUUCCACACUCGCAGACGACUACAUUGACUUUGUCAACGAGAUGGCGGAGUUCAUGGACGAAACGGCCGACAAGACGGUCCGGAUCUGGGGUACAUACGAACCAUCCGACACCCGCAACAUCUCAAAGGAUGUCAUUAUUCAACAUUGGCAGUACGGCCAAUCCGACCCGGUCGAUUUGGCCGAACAGGGCUACGAGAUUAUUAACUCAGAGGAUUGGUGGGCUUACAUGUCGUUGAAAAACGACCACAUGCCGAUAUUCCCAGCCCCGUAUCCAGAUUUCUUUAAUAACUCCAGGGUACUCAACUUUGCGGAGAGAGACGGAUGGCAGUGGACACCAGCUCUCUUCAACCCCGUGAACGUCACCGAGCAGCCUGACCCGAAGCCCGUCAAGGGUGCCAUCCUGGCCGCAUGGAAUGACAAUGGGCCGGAUGCGACGACACAGUUGGAGUCUUACUAUGCGAUCCGCAAUGGCAUUCCCGUUGUCGCAGCGAGGGCGUGGGCUGGAAACCGCGGACCCCGUAUCAAUGUAUCCACUUUGUCAGACUCGAUGGAGCUCUUAACCUCGCGGGCCGUGGCUCAGAACCUAGACAGACAGGUUCCCCGCCAGAAUAAGGAUGCCCAUGAACUGCUAAGUUGGACCAGAUCCUUGGAGAAUGUAAACAGCGACAGAAUCCAUCUAGGAUAUGGCAGCAAAGGGAUGAACUACGAGUUGACUCUCAAUGUUUCUGGUCCAUUCACCCUGUCGUCAAACGACUCGAACCUGGUAUUGUCGCCAGAUGGCGACCUGACCUUUGUCUCGGACGGCUGGGAAUACCCCUUGCGCUCCAUAGAGGAAACAGAUGGGUUCGACGAGAGCUAUCCAGGUCGGAUUUGGACGAACGAGACCUCCUCAACCCACGAGCCAGUGACCGUUCCAUUGCAGAGCCACAUCACCAUCCGGACCGACAUGAUCGGUGGCAGUCGGGUCUGGGUCAACGAGGGAUUCGUCGGACGCUUUGAGGUGCUGGUAUUUGGUGGCAAAAACCGGCUAUUAUCAUGGAGUCAGAUGGCGUUCGUGGCACCACUGGAGUGGAUCGAAGGGGGUAUCCAGCGCUUGACAUCAUUCACAAACACCCGCCAUGCAGACCCUUCCACUCCUCCUAGGCAUCCUAGCCGCAACACAAGGCCUAGCCCUAGCAAAGCCUACUCCAAAAUGGGGCCCCAAGAAUUCAAGAACCUCGUCACAUUCGGCGACAGUUACACAGACGACACGCGAGCAUCGUACUUCUACGCGCACAACGCAUCCGCACCACCAGUAGGAUGGACACAGCCCGUGGCCAACUCCUCUGCCUCCGGCGGCUACAACUGGGGCCACUACGUAGCGACCGCGACAAACGCAACGCGACACAACUACGCCGUCAGCGGCGGCGCAUGCUCGAACAAAAUCACCCCACGGACAAUGUCCGGCCUGAACAUCUCCUACCCAUCCGUUCUGGAGUAUGAGAUCCCGGCCUUCCUGGCAGACAGCCAGUAUGUCGACGCGCAGGGGAACCAAUUCCUCGACAUCCCGGCCGACGACACCGUUUACGCCAUCUGGAUCGGGACGAACGAUCUCGGCAAUUAUGCCUUUCUGACUGAUUCGCAGGUCCGGGGGAAGGUCAUCCCGGAUUACGUAGAGUGUGUGUAUGAGGCACUGGAUCGCAUCUAUGAGAGCGGCGCGCGGUACUUUGUGUUGAUGAACCUGGCCCCGUUGCAGUUGACGCCGCAGUAUGCUUUGCGGAGCAAUGGGGGUGUUGAGAGCGUCUCGUGGUGGCCCGACAAGCCUGCGAACCAGACUUUGAUUAGCUACCGCAUGUGGGAGCAGGUGGUCAAUGUUAAUGACGUGUUUCGGUAUAGGACGCCGUUUGAGGUCUUGGUUGCGGAUCGGUAUCCUGGAGCUGGGGUUGCCGUUAUGGAUAUGUAUGGUUUGUUAUCUGAUAUCUACUAUAACCCGGAUACCUGGUUCGGGGACGUGGGUGCCAAUGUGACUGGGUUCGUGAAGCAUUGUAAUGCCGGGGGCGAGGAUUGUGUUCGGUUGCCGGAUGAGGAGAACUUCAUGUGGUUUGACGAAUUGCAUCCGUCUCAGACGACGGACCGGUUUAUUGCGGAGGAGUUUGUGAAGGUAGUUAAUGGUUAG